GGGAGAUCAGAACUUCUAGCAGGCUCUCUGCUGCCACAGCUCCACCGAAGGGUGGGGGAGGAAGAGGGGGAGCCUUGCCGGGGACUAAACCCCCAGCUGAGAGGAGAGGCAGGUGUGUGCAGGUGCGUCACCUGGAUCAUGAGGUCAUCCCUCUGCUGGCUCCUCCCACUUCUCCUCAUCUUGGCCUCAGUGGCCCAAGGCCAGCUGACAAGACGACCAAGACCCAGGCCCAGGCCCAGACCCAGGCCCACCCCCAGCUUUUCUCAGCCCCAUGAGCCACUGGAGCCUACAGACCUGCCCCCUCCCCUCCCACCAGGCCCUCCCUCAGUCUUCCCUGACUGCCCCCGGGAAUGCUACUGCCCGCCGGAUUUCCCGUCUGCCCUCUACUGUGACAGCCGCAACCUCCGGAAGGUCCCUGUCAUCCCGCCCCGCAUCCAUUACCUCUAUCUGCAGAACAACUUCAUAACUGAGCUCCCAGUGGAGUCCUUCCAGAAUGCCACAGGCCUGAGGUGGAUCAAUCUGGAUAACAACCGAAUUCGAAAGAUAGACCAGAAGGUACUGGAGAAACUGCCCAGUCUGAUAUUCCUCUACAUGGAGAAGAACCAGCUCGAAGAGGUGCCCUCGGCCCUGCCCCGGAACCUGGAGCAGCUGAGGCUGAGCCAGAACCAGAUCUCCAGAAUCCCGCCCGGCGUCUUCAGCAAGCUGGACAGCCUGCUGCUCCUGGAUCUGCAACACAACAAGCUGAGUGAUGGCGUCUUCAAGCCUGACACCUUCCAGGGCCUCAAGAACCUCAUGCAGCUCAACCUGGCCCACAACAUCCUGAGAAAGAUGCCACCCAAGGUGCCCACGGCCAUUCACCAGCUCUACCUGGACAGCAACAGGAUCGAGACCAUCCCUAAUGGCUACUUCAAGGGUUUCCCCAACCUUGCCUUCAUUCGCCUUAACUACAACAGGCUGUCAGACAGGGGGCUCCCCAAGAACUCCUUCAACAUCUCCAACCUGCUCGUGCUCCACCUGUCGCACAACAAGAUCAGCAGUGUGCCUGCCAUCAACAACAAGCUGGAGCACCUGUACCUCAAUAACAACAGCAUAGAGAAGAUCAAUGGGACCCAGAUUUGCCCCAACAAUCUAGUUGCCUUCCAUGACUUCUCCUCAGAUCUGGAGGACGUGCCACACCUCCGCUACCUGCGGCUGGAUGGGAACCACCUGAAGCCACCCAUCCCACUGGACCUCAUGAUGUGCUUCCGUCUGCUGCAGUCCGUGGUCAUUUAGGCCUUACUCUGCCCCCCGGAUCUCCUCUGACCGCACUUGAACGCUGGUGGCCCAGGUGCCUGUGCCCACCAUUCAUGUCCUCUAUCUUCCUUUCUCGCUCCCAGCUUUGCCUUUCCUACCCCGCCUUCCCAAGGCAGGGACUAGCCACAUAACUCUGCCGCACCCGACGCUUCUAGAGCAAGACUUCUAAGGGCUUGAUUUAGUUCACCCAGCUCAAAGACACCCGCUGCACACCCACGCUUCUGGCCCCAGAAGCACAGAGGUGUGUCUAAAGA